GCAAAAAACCUGAUUAUUUUUGGAAAUGCAUGAAGCGUGAAGACAAGAAAAUUCAAAUAAAAAUGAUGAAGAUUGAAAAAUCAACUUCUAGAUUUUUUUUCUAUGGUUUCGAUAUUAACCUCAAAUUUUUCAGAAUGAAAAAUGAUUCAAAUCUUUAAAAUCUGAUGUUGAUGAAAAUAUUCCAAGGAGAUAAUAGAAAGGGCGUAAACAAUGUCACAAGAUUUGAAUGAUUUUAUGAAGUCGGAAGGAACAACAUCUAUAGAAACUUUGAGCUUAAUUAUUCCGUCGAUACUAGGCGUUUACAUUAGUACUACGUCUGCAACUAUACUACAAAGUGAGAAAAAAUGGCAAUUUGCUUUAGAAUUCAUCACGCUUCUUUUACCGAUGGUUUUAACAAUCACGAUCCUAUCUUCCUAUAUAUAUGCUGUUAUCACUAUAUCGUUCAUACUUUGCUUGAGUUUAUUUUAUUUGGCUCAACAACAGCCUCCCCAAGCUGUACAUAAAUUUGAGGGAAUUGAGGAUAAACGAAUACCAUUCAUCACAAAUGCGAGAGCUACGAUAAAUAUUCUUUCUGUGAUAGCUAUCUUAGCUGUAGAUUUUCCAGUCUUUCCAAGAAGAUUUGCUAAGACGUCUACUUAUGGGUUUAGUUUGAUGGACCUGGGAGUGGGGUUGUAUAUUUUUGCAAAUUCCAUAGUAUCUCCUGAAUGUUUGAACAGAAAAGAUUCAAUUGCAAAGAUUGUGAAGAGCUGUAUUCCAUUAAUGAUACUAGGAUUACUUCGUUUGGUUUUCACAAAAAGUUUGGAUUAUCAUGUGCCAGUUUCAGAGUAUGGUGUACAUUGGAACUUUUUUUUCACUCUUUUGUUAACAAAAUGUAUCAGUUCUCUAACAGUUCGAACUGCACAUGUCAAGCACAUGAGAACCUUUUCUAUAAUAAUUCUGAUUUCACAUGAACUAUUACUUCAAUUUUUUCUUCAAGAUAUUGUUAUGGGUAAUGAACCUAGAACAAAUUUUUUCCUAGCUAAUAAGGAGGGUAUUUCUUCAAUACUGGGAUAUGUCAGUUUGUACAUAUAUGCAGUAUAUUAUGGGCAUAUAUUAAAUGAAGAAGUUUAUGGGUUUACUAAAGUGUAUGCAAAUAUUAAAAUGUUCAUUUCCCAUUUAAUCAUUACAGGAACGCUCGCGUUUAUAUGUAAUAUGAAAUUGGGCACAUCAAGAAGAUUGAUAAACAGUUCUUACUGCUUUUGGGUAGUGUUUGUUGGUAUCUUGGCUGCAUUUCUAUUCUAUCUUGGAGAAUUACUUCAAAGAUUUGCCUUUGCCAAAAACAAAAAUUACAUUAAAAGUCCUUAUAUUUAUAAGGCGAUAAAUUCCAAUGCACUAAUAUUUUUUUUGCUGGGGAACAUUUUCACUGGUACUAUAAAUUUUGUUUGUAAUGCCCGAGAUGUUAGUGACCCCUUGGCACUGUUCAUUUUAGUGAUGUAUAUUUUCAUUUUAGCGCUUAUCAUGUGUGGUUUACAUGAAAAAAAAUUCAAACUUAAAUUAUCUUGAAAACUAUUCAAUUUCUAAAUAAAUGAAAGACAUGAUUUAAAAGUGAGUUGACUAGUGAACAAAAUAUUUGUGUACUGUUUUUAUGAAGAAUUGAGGGGUUUAUCAUUUUUUUAUGGGAAUUUGGUUUUGUAUAUCAGUAUUACAAAAUUAAUUUUUUUGUUCAACCAAUAUUGACUGCGAUUGGUUGAUUUCAUUGAAUGUUUCAGUAUUUAUCUAUAAAAAAUUAUAACUUGGAAUUAAGAUUUAUACUAUUUAUUG